GAUCGGACGGCCGAUUCGGCGGGCUCAUCAAGGAGUAUAUGAGGGCCGGGCUCAGGCAACCGUUUGGUUGGCAUUCUACAGCCAUCUCCGCCGCGCGUCGCCAUUCGCCGGCGUCGGAUUCCUCCACCCAGAAGCCCUUUCACCCUCCAGUCUCCGGGACCGAAGAGGGCCUCGACACUCGACGCCACCUACUCUUCUUUUAUCCUCUUUGCCAUUCUCGCUCUCCCUUUCUUUAGGGUUCUGAAGUUUCAUGGAGACGGCCAACGCCUCCUUCCGUGAAUUUCGCUGCCGGUGUUGCCGUUUCCUCCGCUGCUAUUGUUGCUGCUACUGCUGUCCGUCUGAUUGAAGCCUCGGAGGCGCGGGAAAGAAAGGAAGGAGGAGAGGGGUCGAGGGGAGUAGUAAGAACUUCAUCUUUGGUGUUUGUUUAGGGUUUGAAAUUUAGGAGUUUGCGAUGGAUCUGUCGGAAUCGCAGUCGAGUCUGUCGCUGGGGUUCCGGCAGCUGAGCCCGCCGCCUCGGACGCCGAUCACAGACGACUCGAUAUCGCUGCAGCUCGAUUCUGGAUUCAGCGACUGCGGAAAUGCCCGGCGGAUUCCCCUUCAGCUGCUCGACCAGCCCGAGCACACGGAGAGUAGGGCCGACUCCAACCAGGACCGGGACAAGGAGGAGUUUAGCAUCCUCGGGUACACCAUGCGCCUGAAGCGCCGGAAGGAGGCGGAGCCGUCUCCCCCUCGUCCGCCGGUUCCAGCGUUCUUGCGGCCGGAUUCGGGGUGCUCGAGCUCCGCGUCGACGAGCAAGCAGGGGAUGGUGCAGAUGGAGGCGAGGCGGGCAGCUGUGAGGGCGUGGGCUAACCAGCCGCUCUCGGCUGCCGACGCCGACGUCUGGGAGAUCAUGGAGAAGGAGAAGGAGCGACAGUUCAGGGGUAUUGAGCUAAUCGCGUCGGAGAAUUUCGUGUGCAGGGGCGUGCUCGAGGCUCUUGGGAGCCACCUGACCAACAAGUACUCGGAAGGAUUGCCUGGGGCGAGAUACUACAUAGGCAACCAAUACAUCGAUCAGAUCGAAUUGCUUUGCCAGAAGCGGGCGCUGGCAGCUUUUCAUCUCGAUCCUGAGAAGUGGGGAGUGAACGUGCAACCGUACUCCUGCACCUCGGCUAAUUUCGCCGUUUACACGGGCCUUCUUCUUCCCAAGGAUCGGAUUAUGGGCCUGGAUUCACCGUCUGGUGGGCAUCUGAGUCAUGGCUAUUAUACGCCGAGUGGGAAGAAAGUUUCUGGUGCGUCAAUCUUCUUCGAGAGCCUGCCGUAUAAGGUGAACCUCCAGACGGGAUAUAUCGACUACGAGAAAUUGGAAGAGAAGGCGCUUGACUUUCGGCCCAAGAUAUUAAUAUGUGGUGGAAGCUCAUACCCACGAGAAUGGGAUUAUUCACGUUUCCGGCAGAUUGCUGAUAAAUGUGGAGCUGUAUUAAUGUGCGACAUGGCACAGAUCGGUGGUCUUAUAGCUGCCAAGGAAUGCUUAAGCCCGUUUGAUUAUUGUGACAUUGUUACAUCAACAACCCACAAAAGCCUCCGGGGCCCAAGAGGUGGUAUAAUCUUCUACAGGAAGGGGGUAAGACCAAAGAGACGAGGAUUAUGCAGUUAUCCAUCGGCUGAAAAUGAGCAGUACGAUUUUGAAGAGAGGAUAAAUUUUGCUGUUUUCCCAUCAUUACAAGGUGGGCCUCACAAUAAUCAUAUUGCUGCUCUAGCAGUAGCCUUAAAACAGAUUGCCAGCCCUGAGUACAAAGCUUACAUGCAACAAGUGAAGAGAAAUGCUCAAGCUUUUGCAGCUGCUUUGCUGAGAAGAAAAUGUCGGCUUGUCACUGGAGGCACCGACAACCAUUUGCUGUUAUGGGAUUUAAGGCCUUUGGGUUUAACAGGUAAAAGCUACGAAAAGGUUUGUGAAAUGUGCCACAUUAGCCUAAACAAAAGCGCAAUAUUCGGCGACAACGGUGCUGUUUCUCCUGGGGGUGUGAGGAUUGGAACUCAGGCAAUGACGACUAGGGGCUGCUUGGAGAAUGAUUUUGAGACGAUAGCAGAGCUUCUUCUCAAGGCAGCUCAGAUUGGAAAUGCCAUCCACAAGGAACACGGGAAGUUGCAGAAGGAUUUCUUGAAGGGCCUCCACAGCAACAAGGAUGUCCUUGAGCUGAGGAACCGCGUGGAGAAUUUCGCGUCCCAGUUUGCUCUGCCUGCAUUCGACUUGUGAAGAGAAUUGAGGAUGCUUGUUUGCCGUGUGAUGGGGGCUCUGUAAAUCCGCCAUUGAUGUGCAGAAAUAUGAGGUUUUGAUAUGCAGAAAUAUGAGGUUGUGCUUGUGCUGUUCCCCUUCGCUGGUCUUUCUUGUAAAUAGCAUAUAAAAUAUUUACUGCAUUUCAUUAUUGUUCUUGUUGAGAUGCCGAUGUGCAUCGGCAAAAAAAGUCCGGUCUUGGUUGUGGUCGUUCUGGCAUUCGAGAAAGCAAUUGAAGAUUGGGGAGGCCACGUGUAUCUAGAAGGAAUGCGGUCUUCAUUGCGUCUGCCCGACAUGUCAGCAUCUUUGCAUUUGUGAGUAGGUCCAUUUUGUGGCGAGCACGUGCAGACGGUGUGCCUGACGAUCGUUUUCCUUUUUUGUGUGUCGCAGCAGAUUAGCUCGAGUUGAUCACAUUGCCAAUCACUUCUGUUGGACAGAAAAGCCGCUUAUAAUUCGAGGCUCGACACCCAAGAAAGGCAGUUCUUUUUGUACAGUCUGAAACAUCUGCAAGUUCAUCAAGUUUUCCCGAUGCGCAAGUAAGACUGUGCUGAAUCCCAGCUUCAAACUCGAAAAAACAAAAGAGGGAGGGAGGGAGAGGAGGUGGGAUCAGGAGCUGAAAGACUCGUUUUCAUGGGGUCUGUUACAUCCCAAUAGAAGCUGUUUUUUGCUUGUUCUGGAGAUUGUAUGAAGGUGAACAGGCCUGGCAGAAGGGGUGCAGUUAGAGACCGCGAACAGAAGCUGUGGCCGGAGAUGGGGAAGUCUUAUUCCCUUCAAGAAUUAUUCUGGAGUGAUCGAGGAAAGAUAAGGCCGCAAGAAGGUAGCUGCAGGAAGGGGAGGUAGGUGUUCUGCAUGCAGAAUGUUGUAAAGAGAGUAUGCGUUGUAGUUUUAGAGAUGCAGACGUUCAUGGAUCUCAAAAGAAUGUAAACAUUUCCUGGGCAAUUGUCCAAAUGGGGAAUGGACUACCCAAUGACUUUGUUAUUAUCCUUCAGUUUCAGAUUUAUAACCACUGAACAUCUUAUACCACAUGUAAGAGUCUGUUUAAUCCCAGCUUGCUGAUUGAAGAAAGAAAAAAUAUUCAUUUUACAUGAUUAAUACUUUCUUA